UCGUUGCUCAGGUGUUCGACCCGCUGAGGAUGCUAACCAUGGAGAGGCUGUUGCUCUGCAUGAUGCUGGCGGUUUCCAUGGCGGUGCGGGCGCAGAUCUGUCCGAAGCGCUGCGUCUGCCAAAUCCUGUCACCUAACCUGGCGACGCUGUGCGCAAAGAAGGGUCUGCUGUUUGUUCCGCCGAACAUCGACAGGCACACGGUGGAGCUACGGCUGGCCGACAACUUUGUGACAAGCGUUAAAAGAAAAGACUUUGCCAACAUGACACGGCUGGUGGACCUGACCUUAUCCAGGAACACCAUCUCCUUCAUUACACCUCAUGCCUUUGCAGAUCUGGAAAACCUCCGAGCUCUACACCUCAACAGCAACCGGCUGACGAGAAUAGGCAAUGACACGUUCAGCGGGAUGUCGAAGCUACACCACCUGAUCCUCAACAACAACCAGCUGGUGCUGAUCCAUCAGGGAGCGUUCAACGACCUGCUGGCGCUGGAGGAGCUGGACCUCAGCUACAACAACUUGGACUCCAUUCCGUGGGAGUCUAUUCAGAAAAUGACGAGUCUCCACACGCUGAGUUUAGACCACAACAUGCUGGAUUACAUUCCAGAGGGAACCUUCUCCCUUCUGCAGAAACUCAACCGGCUGGACGUCACCUCCAAUAAGCUUCAGAAGCUCCCACCAGACCCUCUCUUUCAGCGGGCGCAGGUUCUCGCUACAUCCGGGGACAUGACGCCGUCGUCCUUCGCGCUGUCGUUCGGGGGAAAUCCUCUCCACUGUAACUGUGAGUUGCUCUGGCUGAGGAGGCUGAAACGAGAGGACGACCUGGAGACGUGUGCCACACCUGAGCACCUGGCGGGUCGCUACUUCUGGUCCAUCUCUGAGGAGGAGUUCCUCUGUGAGCCCCCCCUCAUCACCAGAUUCUCCCACGAGAUGAGGGUCCUGGAAGGACAGAGAGUUGCGCUCAGGUGUAAGGCCAGAGGGGAUCCAGAACCGGCCAUUCACUGGAUUUCUCCUGAAGGCAAACUGGUGUCUAACUCCUCCAGAACCCUGGUCUACAACAACGGGACUCUGGACAUCCUAAUCAGCACUGUGAAAGACACGGGCUCCUUCACCUGCAUCUCGUCCAACCCCGCCGGGGAAGCCCACCAGACCGUGGAGCUGGUCAUCAUCAAACUGCCUCACAUCUCCAACAACACCAACAACAUCCAAGAACCAGACCCCGGUUCGUCCGACAUUUCCACGUCCACGCGGGGCGGCGCCAACGGCAGCAAUGUGACGGGUGACGUGAAGGGCGGAGCCGACAAGCGGGUGGUGACGGCGGAGGCCACGUCGUCCACCGCUCUGAUCAAGUUCAACUUUCAGCGGAACAUCCCCGGCAUCAGGAUGUUCCAGAUCCAGUACAACGGCAGCCAGGACGACUCGCUGGUUUACAGGAUGAUUCCUCCAUCAAGCAAGAACUUCCUGGUCAACAACCUGGCAGCGGGGACGCCGUACGACCUCUGCGUCUUGGCGAUCUAUGAUGACGUCAUCACCUCCCUGACGGCCACGCGAGUGGUGGGCUGUGUGCAGUUCACCACCGAGUCGGAGUACAUGAAGUGUUACUUUAUGCAGUCCCAGUUCCUGGGCGGGACGAUGAUCAUCAUCAUCGGAGGGAUAAUAGUGGCCUCGGUGCUCGUCUUCAUCAUAAUCCUGAUGAUUCGCUACAAGGUUUGUAACCCAGGUGAGGGAGGUAAAGGUGUUUCUUUGUCGAUGACCAACGUCCACUCGCAGACCAACGGGCAGCAGGCGCAGGGAUGCGUUGUGACUCCCAGCUCCUCCAAACACGGAUCCGUAGGGCUGGACGAGCUCUCCGCGGACUCCAAGAAGAGGAGCGGAGCGUCGGGAGGAGGAGGCAGGGAGAAGGAUACCGUCACCCAGUCGUCAGAGUGCUCCCUUCCCUACUGCUCUACGGCCACGUCCGCCCUCAGCCAGAGCUGGGGGGCCCACAGCCCGGCGUCCGGGGCUGAAGACCAGGACAAAGCCGGUGAACAAAGAGCUCCAGCUGGCAUCGGGUCACCGACCAACGCCAGCGGCUCCCUGAACAAGUCAAAGCGGAAGCCGGCUCCCAGUAAGCCGGGGUCCUCCGUCUCCAACGCACCGGCCUCCUCUCCCCUCCCCACUUCUUCCACCCCCAGCUCUGCCCUGCUCCCCCCUUCCACCCCAUUGGAGAACCUCAACACCAACCGCAAUAACUCCACCAGUCUGAACAGAAGCCCAGCCCCCCCCUUUGUUCCCUCCCCCUUCUCCCCCCUCCAUCCCGCCUCCAGCCCGGUUCCUUCCAUACGAUUUAGAGAAACUCCGGUUCUGCGGCGGGCUCCUCGCUCCGGCUCCUCCCUGGCAAAGUACCAGACUCUUCCCACAGAGGAGGGAGGCUGGAACAGGCCUAGGAGGAGGAGGUACUCGUUCAGCGAGGAAGCCUCAAAGACUCACUCGCCCCAUCAGAGAGUGGGAGGGGUGACCAAGUUGGGGCGCAUGGCGCGGAACAAACGGAGCCAGUCCAUGAGCGGGAUGCUGCUCUCCAAAGACGAGGACGGAGACUCGGAGAGAGGACGCUGUGAGUCGGACUGGAUCUUAGAAAGCACCGUCUAAACAUGGCAGCACAGAAACUUGGUUUACUCAUCACCCUUUUAAAUGUGAGUGUUUUAAGUGUUUGCGGUGCGUUUGGAUUUAUUUUUACGACCGAAGGCCGAGCCUGUCGGGAGGUUCGUUUUCCAUUUUCAGGCACGCCUGAGGGGAUUCUUUACGUUUUCUGGAUGAAAGUUUGUGCUUUAAUGUAUAUGUUUUUUUUGGGUUAUUAUUAUCAAUUUUCUCCACAUGUCUUUUUUGUUUUUUGUACUCGUUUUACAGGUUUGUCCUCAUUUGGUAAACAGAUAACAUGCCUUGUCUCGUAGCGUUGGCGUUGUCUUACAGGAUCCACUUUAUAGCACAAACGGAGAAAAAAACAAAAAAUGAGUAAAAAUAAGACAAUGAGCCUGCCUCAUCCUUUCUGAAUUCACAUUCACCUUAUCUGAAAAUACCACAAAGGGGAUCAUCAUCAUCGGGGGAUGGAGAGGAGGAAGAUCCGCAGAGCAGGAGGAAAAGCACAGCGUUUUUAAAGUCACGCACUCGCAUACGACAUCCACCGACUCUGUGGCAGAAAGGACAGCAGUGGUGCCUUCUUUUGCACUAACAGAACCUCCCUAACAGAACCUCUAACUCCACAGGCGAAGGAUUGGUCUAAAGGAAGAGACGGAUUUCACACAUAGCCUUUCUUACCUAACGGAGGGUGCAGACGUUUUCUUGACAUAUAGAGACAAGAAUCAACAAACAGAAGAAAAAUUUUAAAGGACCUCUAAUCAAAUUGUUAUUUUUAAAGGAGAAAAGAAAAGGUGAUUCUCUUGUGAGCUUUUCACUGACAUUGGUAUACUUUAGCCCGUGUUCAUCACAAGCUCCCAGAAAGCUUCUGUACAGUAAAAAAAAACAACAUGUACUGUGUUGUUAUGUUGUGUAAAAUAAAAACUGUUAAAAUAAAAAAAA